GACCGGGAAGUAGCUGAAGACCGGGCGAUGGGAACUCUGGAGGUCUCGCUCUGGGGCGGACCCGAGGCCACCGUUCCCCCGCGGUAGAGCGAGCCUAGGUGGCGGGCUCCGGGGUCCUGAGGUGAAGAGCGUCGGGGCCUAAAGAAUGGAGGGGUCUAAGGCGUCCAGCAGCACCAUGCAGGUGAGCUUCGUGUGCCAGCGUUGUAGCCAGCCUCUGAAACUGGACACGAGCUUCAAGAUCCUGGACCGAGUGACCAUUCAGGAACUCACAGCUCCAUUACUUACCACAGCCCAGGCGAAACCAGGAGAGAGCCAGGAGGAAGAGUCUAACUCAGGAGAGGAGCCAUUUAUUGAAACUCGCCAGGAUGGUGUCUCUCGAAGAUUCAUCCCCCCAGCCAGUCCACCCAGGCUAACCUGGUGCUGGGUAGCACCCUGUGAAGACCAGCAUGGCCUUCCUGUGGGAGAGAGGGACCCCUGGGAGGUCGGCUCGAGCUAGGAGUGGGUGUCCACCUUGAGGCCCCUCAGCAGGGGCUUGAGAGUCUCUGCCACUGGCAGCACAGUAGGUGGAGGAGACCUCUCUGCUCCCUCAUGUGGCCCAUGGGCGGGGGGCUGUCUGCAGGAUGAUGUCUACAGAAAGUGCUAAUAGCUUCACUCUGAUCGGGGAGGCAUCUGAUGGUGGCACCAUGGAGAACCUCAGCCGGAGACUCAAGGUCACUGGAGACCUUUUUGACAUCAUGUCUGGCCAGACAGAUGUGGAUCACCCGCUGUGUGAGGAAUGCACGGAUACUCUUUUAGACCAGCUGGACACUCAGCUCAAUGUUACUGAAAACGAGUGUCAGAACUACAAACGCUGUUUGGAGAUGUUGGAGCAAAUGAAUGAGGGUGACAGUGAACAGCUACAGAGGGAGCUGAAGGAGUUGGCCUUGGAGGAGGAGAGGCUGAUCCAGGAGCUGGAAGAUGUGGAAAAAAACCGAAAGGUGGUGGCAGAAAACCUGGAGAAGGUCCAGGCUGAGGCGGAGAGACUGGACCAGGAGGAAGCUCAGUACCAGCGGGAAUAUAGUGAAUUUAAAAGGCAGCAGCUGGAGCUGGAUGAUGAGCUCAAGAGUGUAGAGAACCAGAUGCGCUAUGCCCAGAUGCAGCUGGACAAGCUCAAGAAAACCAAUGUCUUCAAUGCAACCUUCCAUAUCUGGCACAGCGGACAAUUUGGCACAAUCAAUAAUUUCAGACUGGGUCGCUUGCCCAGUGUUCCUGUGGAAUGGAAUGAAAUCAAUGCUGCCUGGGGCCAGACAGUGUUGUUGCUCCAUGCUUUGGCCAAUAAGAUGGGUCUGAAAUUUCAGAGGUACCGACUUGUUCCCUAUGGAAAUCACUCGUAUCUGGAGUCCCUGACAGACAAAUCUAAGGAGUUGCCGUUGUACUGUUCUGGGGGUUUGCGGUUUUUCUGGGACAACAAGUUUGACCAUGCAAUGGUAGCUUUUCUGGACUGUGUGCAGCAGUUCAAAGAAGAGGUGGAAAAAGGAGAGACUCGCUUUUGUCUUCCGUACAGGAUGGACGUGGAGAAAGGCAAGAUUGAAGACACUGGAGGCAGUGGCGGCUCCUACUCCAUCAAAACCCAGUUUAACUCUGAGGAGCAGUGGACAAAGGCGCUCAAGUUCAUGCUGACGAAUCUCAAGUGGGGUCUUGCUUGGGUGUCCUCACAGUUCUAUAACAAGUGACUUGCUCCUUAGGGGAUAUUUGCCUUUAAGGUUUUACAUUUUGUUUGGUUUGGAAAGAUGCUUUAAAUUAAAUUUGGGUAAUAUUAAACCACAUGUUUACAAUACCAGAAUCCACAAAAGCUACUUUAUUUUACAAUAUGACAGUUUCCAGAGCACAGCACGCCAUGUAUAGCAAAGAGCCCUGCCGUAGUUUGGCUCAACCCCAGGCUGUCCUUUCCCUCUUCCCUGGAAACAACUAAUUUAAAUUUGCUUUGUUUUCUUUUUUAAGUCGAAUUGACAUUAAUGUGUUUUCACUGGAUUUUAUCUCUCAACUUCCUGUACUUAAAAUUUGAAACAAAAGUUUUGAGAUGAGAUGCCCGUGGCACACAGUUGGGGAAUGUGGGGAAGGGACAAGAGGUACAGGUUUAACUCUGUCCUCACUUCUAGUAUUGAACACUUACUGUGCUAACUAUUGGAAUUACAAAAUGCUGUUUGAUACUGUUUGAGAUGUGGAAGGAUUUAAUUAUUUGUAAUAAAGGAUUUGCUAUGGUCUAUUAAUUA